AUAUUAUUUUUCGUGUGGUCAGUUUCCCAAACGUCGUUGUGCGUGUACGCAACUACGCGCGUACGUUCAUGUACUACCGUCUAACACGUAGUACUGUCCGUCGUCGUUUUCAAAAGUUCCUCGACGGUUCCAUCCCUCCUCGGCGACUACCCCUCAAACAGUAACAAUAACAAUAAUAAUUAUACUAUCGUAUUCGCGGACAGUUGUAGUGCCGCGGUGUGUGCGCGUAUAUGCAGUGUUGGUUCUAUUGUGGCGCACGUUUGGUAUUUAUUUUUUCCACUUUUUUUGUCGUAAUUUUUUGUCUGGAGUACAGUAGUCUUGCUAGUGAAACAAUCAGUUCCUGCGGUCCAGCCAGCUACCACCCUUGACUGUAAUCACAGAUAAUGAAUUGGACGUGGUGAACUAAUUUGCGGAACAUUUGAUGACGAUAGUAGUUGAGGACUGUUAGUGUGCGUAUACGCGAGCACGCACGUAUGUGUGCGUGUCGUCUGUUUGUGUCGCCAGUGUAGAAUCAGUUUUGACGAGAAUACGCGAUCCCUUCACUUGGAAGCAAUAUUUAUACCACUGAUUUUACCGCCGCCGCCGCCGCCGCUGCUGUCGCCACUCAAAUCGCUGUCACCGCUGUCGCCACCACCGCCACCGACGCUGUCAUGGAAGUGAUGGAUUCUGACGCCAACACCGUGUUGCACUCGGUCACCAAAGGCGUGCACGUCGGUCCGCCACCUGUCUGGCCCGGCAUGGACAACGUCACGAACGCGUCCAUGUUCGACGAGUCAAAUCUGCCGUAUGACAUGAAAUUCAACGAGGGCCACGUGGUCGCCAUAGUCACUUACAGCAUACUAAUGGUAGUCUCAGCCAUAGGCAACAUCACGGUGCUGACCAUCAUCCUGAAACGCAGGCGCAAGGCUGGCACAAGAAUACACGCGAUGCUCAUGCACCUGGCCAUCGCUGAUCUGUUGGUAACGUUUUUGAUGAUGCCGUUGGAGAUAACGUGGGCAUGGACUGUACAAUGGGUGCUCGGUGAUCCACUAUGCCGCAUCAUGUCAUUUUUCCGAAUAUUUGGAUUGUAUCUUUCCAGUUUCAUAUUGAUUUGUAUCAGCGUUGAUAGAUACUUGGCUGUUUUGCAGCCAAUGCGUUUAUAUCAGAUGGAUCGCAGGGGAAAGUUAAUGAUUGCAGUGGCAUGGAUUGCAUCAGUAAUUUGUAGCUUACCACAGACUUACAUAUUUCACGUGGAACGACACCCUAAUGCCACAUGGUACGAACAGUGCGUCACUUAUAACGCUUUUUCGUCCAAAUUGCACGAGCUGGCUUACUUAUAUUUCGGCAUGUUCAUGAUGUACUGGUUGCCUCUAAUCGUUAUACUAUUCUGCUACGCUUCCAUCAUCAUUGAAAUAUAUAGAAGGUCCAGGGAAUCGAUUUGCGGUCAAGGUACAGAUAAUGUGCGUCGUCUGGGAUUUUUAGGGCGUGCCAAAAGUAGAACAUUAAAGAUGACAAUCAUUAUUGUCAUAGUGUUUGUUGUGUGUUGGACCCCCUACUACAUUAUGGCUAUUUGGUACUGGACGGACCACAAGUCGGCGCAGAUGGUCGAUCAGAAGGUACAGCAUGCACUCUUCAUGUUCGCGUGCACCAAUUCGUGUAUGAACCCGAUCGUAUACGGAGCGUUCAAUAUACGCACCAGGAGGACGCUGGUGACCCAGGCCACGAUUUCUAAAACUUCUACUGAAACCAGAGUGUUGGACUUUUGAAGCCCGCCAGAUGGACGGUGAUGAUUUAUAUAUACGUUUAAACGUUUUACGUUCAAUUUUUAAUUUUAACUAUAUUUUAAUAAAAUAUCUAGUUGUAAAACUAUUUCGGCCAUAAUUAUUAUUAGGUGAUAUUAAUUAAUUUAAACGAAAAACAUGUAAUACCAAUAAUAUGCUCUAAAAUUGCUGAUAUACAUUUUGUUAUAUCCCACGCGUUCAAUAGGUACAUACGUACAAAUAAGUGAACUUUCAUAUGUACGAACUUAUAUAAUAUCAAAUUCGAUAUUUGUGAACUUUUUCAGUAGUAGUUACCUAUAAUCAUAUAAAAUAUUAUAAUAAUCUAUUAUAUCAUAGUUAAUAGUUAUAUUAUGUACAGCUAUUUACAUUUUAAAACCGAUACUAGUCGUUUAGGUAAAUAUUAAAUGUGUAUAAUGUGUUUGAUAUAUUCCACACAUCUAAAAUGUAUCUACCAAAGUUGAAAAUAUAGUUAAAAAAUAAUAAAUAGUUCUUUAAAAUUUUCAUUUUGUACAAUCACACUAAUAUAUACAAAGUGAUGUCUUAACUAAUGUAACCACUUUUUAAUAUCUACUACUCGUAAUAAUUAUGAUUUAUUAUUGAAUUAAUUUAAUUAUUAUCAGGACUAAUGGCCGAACGCCUAAGGGCAUAUUGAAAUUUAACGGUCAUGCUUCAAAGCAAUGGCUUUAGAAUAAAUAGAUAGCGAUAAAAAAAAAAUUUGAUGUUCAGAACACGCAGGUGGAAUUGCUUUAGAGAUAAUCAAACAACUGGAAAAUACAAUAACACGCGUUUUUAUUGAUAGCACAUUACUUAUAUAGAUUUAUUUCAUAUCAUUUUUUUCAUCUUAUUUCGAAAUACAUUCAGAUAGAUAUAAAAGUCUUAUACCGAAAAUGAUACAUUUUUAGUUGUAGUACCUAGUCUUGUAUUAGAUGUGUAAUAAUAAUUUGUAUUUUUUUAAAUCUGUCAGCACAAUGGUGUUUGGCGAUAUCCUAAUUAUUCAAUGUGUCUACAUUAAGUAGAUACUGUAAUAUUAUAUUUUAUCUCAAAUUUUUUCAUCUCGUUUCUCCUUAAGUCCCGUGGGCAGUCGUCCCAAUAACAUGUGAAUGAUUCUUAUUAGAGUAUUUUCAUUGCUAUGUUUACCAAUGAUGAUGACAAGUAGGACAGAAAUAAAUUCUGUUUUAGUUUAGUGCUUGCUUCGAAAAUCAAAUGUAAUUUAUUUAAUUUGAUCGCAUCGGCUUGAUAGAUUAAUGCAGUUUUUAUUAUUAUUAUUAAAUUUCAAAUAUAGCAUUGCAUGUUUUUUAGCCUUAAUUAUUGUACAGAUUAAUGUUAAUAAUGUAAGUUGAUAUUUCAAAGUACGGUAUAUGAUUUUAAUUAAAAAUAUUAUUUAUUUA